AUGUGCAAACCAACAGAUGUCACUGAAGACCGGGUUAAAUUGAGGUUGUUUAUGUUAUCAUUAAUUGGAAGGUCUAAGGAUUGGUUACUUUUCCUUCCAAGUGGAACAAUCACUUGGAAGGAAUAUGAGGACAAAUUCCUAGAAAGAUUCUUCACUAAUACUCAGUUUACCGAGCGCUGGGCAGAAAUUGUAAAUUUUGAGCAGCAGGAAACUAAGUCACUUUAUGACUCAUGGGAAAUAUUCAAACUUUUGUUACGUAGAUGCCCAAAUCACAAUAUAAAUAAUAAGGAGCAAAUACAAAAUUUCAUUAAAGGUCUCAAGACUCAAACACAUAUGUUGUUGGAUGCUUCUGCAGGAGGCACUACCCGAUCAAUGACUGAACCACAAGUGAAAGACCUUAUUGAGAAGAUGUGUAUGAAUGAGUAUUGUUCAAAAAUAAAAAGGUCGGUAAAAAUCGAAAUCAUGGGCACGCCUAAAGGUAUGUUAGUUGUUGAUACCCAUACUGCUAUUUUAGCUAAGAUUAAAUUGUUAAAUAAAAAGCUAGCUGAAAACAACCUAGGUAAAGAUAACGUGAGUCAGGUACAAGCACUUACGUGUGAUUUUUGUGGAGGAGAACAUGCAAAUGAAAGAUGCUAUUUGGAAGGGUCAGGUGAGGAAGUCCAAUUUACUAAUUUUUGGAAAAACAACCCGUAUUCCAACACCUACAAUCCGGGUUGGCAGGAUCACCCAAAUUUCUAUUGGAGAAAUAAUCAAAAUUCAAGUGCUAACCAAGGUAUGCAACAAGGUCAACAAGCAUCGUUUCAAAGGAAACCUUCACAGUUGGAAGAAAUCGUGCAGAAUUUCAUUAAAGUCACUCAAAUUAGCUUUGAUAUGGUAAAUAAGAACCAUGAAACAAUGAGUAGAAACCAUGAUGCAUUUAUAAAAAAAUUGGAGAUGCAGAUUGUUGAAACAAGUUUUGGGGUGAUUACUGCAAAGGGUAAAGCUGAAAUAGUUAAAGAGGAUGUGAUUUAG